UACGUUUAAAGAGCCGCGUGAGCUGCGUCUCUAUUGGUCAGCUGAAUUCUAGCGCCAAUAUUUCAAUAAUAAAAGCGGAGCGGAACCAGAAGCCGGUUCAGUCUGUUUCUGCUCCUAGUUAGUUUAGUCUCUCUAGUCUGUUCUUCUUUUAUUUCUUUAACUUUUCCCUCUCUAUAUAUAUUUUUAAACUUAUUUAUUGUUUAUCUGAGCCGGAGGAAGUCACCAUGUUGUCCGCUCGCGCCGCUCUGUCCGUGAAGAAUGAGAAGUCAGUGACCAGACAGAUGAGCGGUCUGUGUGUGGACAAAGAAAACACGCCUCCCAGCCUCACCAACACCCGGAUCUUGGCGUCGAAAACCGCGCGUAAAAUCUUCGACGAUGCGACGCCCAAAUCGGUGAAGAAGAGCAGCAGCUCGGCAGAGGAGGAGGAGCCUCUGCUGAAGGACAACCCCCGCCGCUUCGUCAUCUUCCCCAUCCAGUACCACGACAUCUGGCAGAUGUACAAGAAGGCCGAGGCGUCUUUCUGGACGGCAGAGGAGGUGGAUCUGUCCAAGGACCUGCAGCACUGGGACUCUCUGAAGGACGACGAGAGGUACUUCAUCUCGCACGUGUUGGCGUUCUUCGCCGCCAGUGACGGCAUCGUCAACGAGAAUCUGGUGGAGCGCUUCACGCAGGAAGUGCAGGUGACGGAGGCUCGCUGUUUCUACGGUUUCCAGAUCGCCAUGGAGAACAUCCACUCGGAGAUGUACAGCCUCCUGAUCGACACCUACAUCAAGGAUCCCAAAGAAAGAGAAUACCUGUUCAACGCCAUCGAGACUCUGCCCUGUGUGAAGAAGAAGGCCGACUGGGCGCUCAACUGGAUCGGAAACAAGAACGCCACCUACGGUGAGCGUGUGGUGGCCUUCGCCGCCGUGGAGGGAAUCUUCUUCUCCGGUUCGUUCGCCUCCAUUUUCUGGUUGAAGAAACGAGGCCUGAUGCCUGGACUGACCUUCAGCAACGAGCUGAUCAGCAGAGACGAGGGUCUCCACUGUGACUUCGCCUGUCUGAUGUUCAAACACCUGCUGAACAAACCGUCCGCGGAGACCGUCACCAAGAUCAUCCGGAACGCCGUGGAGAUCGAACAGGAGUUCCUGACUGAUGCUCUUCCUGUUAAACUCAUUGGGAUGAACUGUGACCUCAUGAACCAGUACAUCCAGUUCGUGGCCGACAGACUGAUGCUGGAGCUGGGCUUCACCAAGAUCUACCAGGUGGAGAACCCCUUCGACUUCAUGGAGAACAUCUCUCUGGAGGGAAAGACCAACUUCUUUGAGAAGCGAGUGGGUGAGUACCAGAGGAUGGGGGUCAUGUCUGGACCCACAGACAACACCUUCAGACUGGACGCAGACUUCUGAGGAACCGCACCAGGACCAGAACUGGACCCAUGGACUGGAUGGAGUUGAAGAACCAAAUCUACCUUCAUAGAACUGGACCAAACCUCAUCAUGACCGAUGAAACAUCAGCAGGAACAAGGCGAUGAACCCACCUCUGAUCACAGCACAUGGUCACAGAGGUGGGCGGAGCUGAUGUCAUCAGGGGCGUGGUCACUGCUCAUCUGUUAUCUUCAUUUGGUUUUUCUGUUUUAGUCUGAAAAACUCUUAUUGCACUUUUUCAGGAACAUUUUGACACUGAACCAGAUUCUUGAAUCAUUAACUGACGCAGACACUCAUGUAAAUACUUUUACUUGAUUAUAUUCUUACUUUUAGAUGGUUUUUAGCUGUUUUUAUUACACAUGUACAGUUUUUGUGUUUGUAAUAAAAUGUCAAACC